AUGCCUAUUGAUAAAAUCCAAGUAUCGGGCGAUUCUCGCAUCGACUACAAGACCGCGGUUCUCAAUGGCCGCAAGUACUCUUAUAUUCUGAGCCAGCCCAAAUCAGGCCAAUACAAAGCGACGGUGUUCCUGAUCCAUGGCUUCCCCGAUAUCUCAAUGGGCUGGCGAUACCAGAUCCCAAUGCUAGUUAACAUGGGCCUGCGAGUCGUAGCACCCGACUGUCUAGGCUACGGACGAACAGACGCCCCAGCUGAUCCUACCCCCUACGGUCACAAAAGCUGCGCAGCGGAUAUAAAAGCCCUAGCAACCCACCUAGGUGAAAGGAGAAUCAUCCUGGGCGGGCAUGACUGGGGCGCUGCACUAGCCUACCGCAUCGCCCUCUGGCACCCAGAACUAAUCUCCCACCUCUUCACAGUCUGCGUGCCGUACGCAAGACCAAUGGAAACAGAAGUCCACCUAGAAGAUCUAGUCCGUACAGCCGCUCCUCAUUUCGCUUACCAGAUUCAGUUUGCUAGUGGGGAGCUGGAGAAGAUUGUUCAAUCUGACGAUGAGAUUCUCCAAUUCUUGCUGGCGCUUUAUGGAGGUCGGAAUGAGCGUGGUGAGGUUGGGUUUGAUGCGCAUCACGGUGUGCUUGUUGACCGGUUGGGCGGGUUGAAGAGGUCGAGAUUGCUGGAGGAGGAUGAGAUUGCGUUCUAUGUGAAGGAGUUUGGGAGGAAUGGGGUUCGGGGGCCGCUGAAUUGGUACCGGACUCGGCAGGUGAACUACCAGGAUGAACUUGCUAUUCUUGGUCGCAAGAUUGAGGUUCCUACGUUGUUCAUCCAGGCGCUAAAGGAUCAGGCUUUGCCUGCUCAUUUGGGCAAGUCUAUGGCUAAGCAUAUCCCUAGCUUAACGGUGAAGCAGGUCAAUACCUCCCACUGGGCGUUGUGGGAGAAGCCUCAGGAGGUGAAUGACAUUAUUGAGGGGUGGUUGAAGGAGAAGGCCUUUACUGAGGCUCGAGCUGAGAAGCUGUAG